CGUUUGAGCUUUCAUCCGGUCAUAUCAGAUCACGAUUACAGAAGAAAAGAAGAAAAUGGCAGAUAGUGCGUCAACCCCGGCCAAGAGCCCAAAGAAGAAGGCAGCAGCCAAGCCAAAGAAGCCUGCAGAUCAUCCUAAAUAUAUCGACAUGGUUCUGGAUGCCAUCAAAAACCUGAAGGAAAAGAAAGGAUCCUCACGCCAAGCUAUUCUAAAGUAUGUAAUGAGCAAGUUCAAGGUAGGAAACGACCCCACUAAAGUCAAUUCUCGCGUGAAGGUGGCCCUGAAAAACGGUGUCAAAAGUAAGGCCUUGAAGCAGAGCAAGGGAGUGGGAGCUCAGGGCAGAUUCAGCGUGGGAGAAAAACCUACCGCUAAGAAACCAAAGGCCACAAAACCCAAGGCCGCAAAGAAACCCAAAGCAAAGAAACCCAAGGCAGCUAAAAAACCAGCAGGAGAGAAGACUAAAGCAAAGAAGUCGCCAAAGAAAACAAAGGCCGCCAAACCCAAAGCAGCCAAACCCAAGGCAGCCAAAAAGUCGCCCAAGAAGGCAGCCAAACCCAAGAAGGCCAAGACUCCCAAAAAAGCCGCAGCUAAACCCAAGAAGACAGCCAAGCCAAAGAAGGCAGCAGCCAAGAAGUAAAAGUUCUCUACGAGGACUCGCUGUGUCCAUCAGCA